AUACUGAAGCAAAUUUAUAUAAAAGGUAAGUUUCUUUUCCAUAUCCCUAUAUACCUAUAUACAGUUCACUCUACUAUAUUAAGUGAACAUUGUGUGUAUCACUAUGGUUACCAAAAACUCUCACGCAACGAUUGUACGAAGUAAUAAAUCCGAAGCGCGCGAAAAUUUGAUUUUGAGUCUCGCAGGGCAUUUGGAGUUUAACAGUAAGUUUUUUUCCGAAAAAAAUACUAUUUUUAAAUUUGUCUAUAUUUAAAAACUACAAUUAUUUGUAUAAUAUAUAUGUUUUGAGCAGGAACUACUUUAUUUGGUGGGUUUUUCUAUUUCAACUUCAUCUGUAUAUGUAUGCCCCUGAGAUAGUCUAAAACAGCCUCUAAUGUAUUUUAAUGAUACAACAAGUUGCCUGCUAAUUUAUAUUAAGCAUUAAAAAACAGUUUUCAAUAUUAUAAAUACAAAUUGCCUUCUGGAAGAGGAAUUUUAUUGUAGUAUGCUACUAAUGCUAAGUGGUCUUCCAUGUUUUCUUUUACAGCAAAGGACAAAGUUUAAAACAAGUAAGUUGAAUAAAGUAAACUGCUCUGUUAAAUGAAUAUGAAUAUACAUGUAUAAUUUGAAAAAUAUUUCAAAGAGCUUUAUGAGUUGUUUAAUUUAACCAAAGUACAUUUUAAAGGGGCCCUACAGUCAUUUUUUAGUCAAGGAAGUAUUGUUUACAUUUUUUUGUUAUUGUCGCUACUUGACAUGCGUACUACAGCAUGCAUGCGUUUUCCUGUGUGCGGAAAUACUCAUACUCAUGGAUAAUGCUUGUAAGAUACAGCCAAACAAAUCCAUGUGGAGUCCCUGGCUUUUCGACUAAAAAAUGACUGUAGGGCCCCUUUAAGAACUCUUCAUUGUAAAUCAUUUCCAACUAAUGCGUAUACUGUAUCUUGUGAAUUUUAGAUCUAUGGUGUGUUCCCCAUUGUCCUGCUGCUUGGAAGUGGACCAGAUGAAGGGUCUCCCAAUGGUUUUGCUUGACUUCGCUUGCAUCCCCAACAAUUGCUUUGAACCAGUUUCAUGAGGCUGCGCAAUUUAGGAAUCCAGUAACGCUGUCUUAUCCUAGUCAUUGUAAGCGAAAUUCCACCAUGCAAGGUUGCUCUGUGUUCCCGCUUGACCAGCUUCAUUGAAAACAGUGCAGCAUCAGGGAGGUACAGUGAGUAAUGUCCCUCAAUUCUGCCGCGACAUUCUAACAGUCCGUCCUGAUUUGUUUGCAGGUUAAGAUCUUUACGCUUUUCUCGUUCUUCUUCUGAAAUCAACUUCUGGACUUUAGCAAUCCACCACUUCUCUUCCUUCAGGAUUUUGUCAUAACGAGGAGAACCUCCAAUUCGGUUGUCUCUCUCAUUCUUGCAAUUAUAUAUAAAUCUCUUGACCCACGCACCGAUUCUCAGGGUCUUUGUCAAGCUAUUCUUCUCAAGUAGGUUUACUUGAUCAUCUUGCUCGGGCUCAGCCACCGCAGCUGCUAACACUUCUCGAGUUACCUUGGCUUCAGACUGUGAUUCUGAGGAUGCAUGGAGAUGGAGGCUUUCAGGCCAUUUUAUUUAAUUACCAAGCUAUGUCAGCAGGGUUCUCUGAGGUAGGAACGUGAUGCCAUUCGAUGUUGGAGUGAGCUUGAAUUUUUAUGACACGAUUAGCCACAAACUGUCGGUACUCCCCCAUGCCUCGUAUCCAAUACAGAGCGACUGUACUGUCAUGCCAUCAUGUUGUUGUGACACUCUUUCUUGACCGAUUACCUUCGCCACGUUGCUAACCAGGUUUGCUGUCAUAUGACCAGCGACCAAUUCUAGCCAAGGAAUGGUAAGUCCACGUUUCGCCAGGCGAGACUUUGCAGCCACUAACGUUUGGGUGUCUCCGGAGUCUUGUUUGGCGAGCGCGUAUACAACAGCACUGACUCCUUGAUUGCUAGCGUCGCCGAAUCCAUGAAGUUGGAUAUCUGUAAUUGGCUCCUGAUGUCGAGCGAUUGGUCUAGGGACUGUUAUCAUAUCAGGAAGCAUCCGUUUCCAUGACAACCAUCGUGACUUCAGCACGCCGUCAAGUUCAGCAUCCCAUGGGAGCUUUGCAUCACAAAUGUCUCGAUAGAUGAUCUUCCCUAGCAAUGUCAAUGGUGAAGCAAGGCCCAGGGGGUCAUAAACUUUAGCCAAAUGUCUGAGGAUUUCCCGUUUUGUUGUUGCGCUGUUCUCUUCAUGGGUCAAUUGCACACCCAAGGUAUCUUCCCUUUUGUUCCAUGGCAUUCCAAGUGUCGGUGCUACUUCAAGGUCGCUUUCGUUCGAUGCCCACUUAUGAAGUGAGAAUCUGGCAUCAUCAAGUAUAGUUAUGGCAGCUUCCUUUCGCUCUUGUGCUUGCUGAACUGUUUCACCACCGCUGAGAAUGUCGUCAACGUACAAACUGCGUCUAAUCUCUUCAACAUCGUUGGGUCGUUUCUCUUUCCACAUAUCCAGGUGUGCUUCCAGGACGCCACCGAGAAGAAAUGGUGAUGGUGCUAGUCCAAACAGCGCCCUAGUAAACCGUAGGAUCUGGAUUUCGUCAUUUCUUCGUCUCCAAUGAAACCGAAGAGCAUCUCUCUGUCUCUUUGAUGCAUAUCUGCAGAAAAGCUUGUUUAAUAUCACCUGCCAAGGCCACUGGGUGGGUUCUUUGUCGCACGAGCACUUCCCAGAGUUUAUUCUGCAAGGAGGGUCCGGGAUAAAGACAAUCGUUAAGUGGGGUUGCUUUCGCUGAUGCGUCAUAUACUACACGCAGUUUGGUAGAUGUCGCUGUCUCUCUCACCACUUCCUUGUGGGGUAUGUAACUCUCCCUGUUCUCAGGUUUUGCUGGUGCUUCCUCAACAAUUCCUUGAACCUUUUGGUCUUCGAUUAUAGCAUCGUACUGUUCGAAGAGUCCCCUUUUGAGAAGACGAUUCUGCAGGGAUGUGAGACGCCGAAGGCUUCCAUUCUCAUUUGUAGGAAGGGGAGGGUGAUUCCCUUUCCAAGGUAGACUGGUUGUGUACCAGCCCUCUGGAGAUCGCUGUAACUGCUCCUUAAACUCCCUGUAAACUUCACUUUGGUCGUGCUCUGCUGUGUCAGACAGUCCCAGUACAUCUAGUCGGCAGAGUUCCUCAUAAUCUGACUGACAGGUCUGUGUUAACAUCAUGUUAUUAUGGUCAAACUCCUGUCCUGGAGACAUAAUAAACCAACCCAACUUUGUGAGUUCAGCGAUGGGUUCACCUUCUUUCCCAACUCGCGGACAACUCUCGGUUUUUAUUCUGGCAUACUCCCCCCCUCCAAGAACGACAUGCACUGGUAACUGGGGCUUUGCAUCAUAAUCAUGAAUAUGCACUCCUUUAAGAUGGGGGUAGGUAUCAACUUGGACCUUGUAGCGUGGGUUGUCAAUUGACAAGAGUUCACUCUUAUUUACCUUGAUUAAGUCCACUUGCAUGCUGAAGUCCCCAUCAACUGACCGUAUCUCCGUUUCGUAUGUCUCGAGGCGUUCCAACUUACUACUCAUAAGCAUAUCAAUUUGUUUCAUUUUCACAUCAACAAGUUUUUUAUUCAGGAGACUAACCAGUUUAGCUGAAACGUAUGAGCUGCCAGCUCCCGAAUCCACAAGGGCUCUGCAGGUUACCCCAUUCACCUUCACCGUCACAAUUGGAAAUGUUCCUUCGCCAUUCUUUGCAGUCAUGAGGUUAUUCCUUUCCUUCGGUUGGUUGCAGACUGACGUAUGGUGUCGCCGUUCGCAGUUCGGACAUGCUAUCUUGCUUGUACAACUCGCCGCUUGGUGACCAUCGCCCGUGCAGUUGAAACAAAGUCGCCGUUUGGCCAGUAUUGACUUUCUUUCCUUGGUAUCGACAAUUUGGGACAGUCAGUCGACUUGUGCUCCUUUGCAUCACAAUAAACACACCCUCGCGCACCCAGCUUUGCAUUGAAUACCUUGUUGUCACGGUUUCGUGGACGAGUGUCUUUCUUUAACGAAUCAUUGAUGGGAUUUCGUCGAGUCCACAACUUUAGGGCCUCAGUCAGUUUGUUGUAGUCCCAGUCCUCCCAUUCCGGGUUGGUCCGAACCAAAUCGCUUCGUAUUCCAGCUAACGUAUCCAAUGUCAUUGCAACGUUACCAUUUAUUUGUUCUAGCUUCCCCAUUGUUUCUAAUGACUGAACACAAUAGGAAAGUUUCUCACUAAAUUCGUGAACUUUCCCAACGUUUGCAUCCGAGAUGUAAGGUAAAUCCAAAAUUUGCUUAGUGUACGCUUUGACAAUUUCAGACUCUUUCCCAUACUUCGACUGGAGAAUACUUUUCGCACGGUUAUAGCCUUCAUUCGUGAAGGGCAGGGCUUCGAUAGUUGGUUUGACUUUUUUAUCCAAUAACUCUCUUAAGUACGAAAACUUUGUCACACUCGAUACGCUUGACUUGUCGAUUGUCUCUCGAAAUUGGUUCCAAAAUCGUUGCCAAUCUUCGUAGGCUCCAUUGAAUUUUGUUAUUACUAACUUUGGUAGCUUCGCUUCGAGCCCAGAACUUGACAUGGAACUCGAUGUUUCUCCCCCGAUUUGUUGUUGUUUGGUUUCCUCUAACUGGGUUUUAUAAUGUAGCUUAUCUUCGUAUAAUUCCUUUUCGAAAUCUAGUUGCUCUUUUCUACUUUUAGCUGUAGUAUGUUCCUUGGUUUUAAUGAUCCACUUUUGUAAUGUAUCCAAGUCGAUGUCAGCCUGGCCGAUGGUAUUUUCUAUCUUUUCUCCCCACUCUGUAAUACUCUCAAUAUCUUCGCCAUUUGCAAUUUUUAAUCCCUCUACUGUUCGUUUAGAACUAUCUGCAGCAUUUACCAGAUCCUUUAAAGCAUCACGAUGUCUUUCUAUGCGUUGUUCGUUGUUCGAAGAGAUAAUUUUCUCGGUUUUCUCUCGAGUUAUCGCGAUAUGUUUCAAUUUUGUCUCGAGCGCUUGCUGUGCUUCGUCGAGUUCAGUUGGUUUUGUAGCCAUCGAAAACUGCGAAUUCUUGCUCUUGUUCGAGCGUUUACACAAAUAUCCCGUCGGAGGUGCCACGUGUAGGAAACUACUGCCCGUCGCCCAGACAAUAAUAAUAAGAAACACAGCAAAUCACAGUUUAAAAUCACAAUUUCUCUCUCAAAUAUUCUCACAAGUAAACUACAAAUUUCCCGAUCCCAAUAACAAAUAUAUUCCCCCAUAAAGCACAUGUAAAUAGUCUCUGUCUAUUGGCUAAACCAAACAAUGAAUUAGCGCCGUCACUUCCGGUGAAUUAGUACUUAGGUUAGUAUAAUAAACAUGAACUAUAUUAUUUAUGUUAGUUGAUUAGUAUAGCGUCUGCUGUUAAUGUUUACAUUAGUUCCGACAAGGCGUUAAUUAAAAUUUCUCUCUUCAGUAGGUGGGCUAGCGCUCAGCAUGUACGUUAAUAGGGUGAAUACGUCAUCUCCCACAGCAACAAAUGGGGUGGGUGAUCGGGGUCGAGUUCUUGCGGGCAAUGGUCUUGCGGCAGGUUUUCUCAGUGGAUUGCGUCUUUCAUCUCUGAGGUAAUAGGUUCGAUUCUUGCUGCGGUCAUUUAGCACAAGCGAAAAGAAUCAGUCAACGCUCAACCAAAAGUCGUGGAUUUUCUUUGGGUACAGGAUGGGUUAUUAGGAUUAGCCCCUGACUGACCAUUUCACUGUAGGUGUGCUCCGUGGUUAGAUAUGAGUCAUAAGAUGGAUGCUGAAGGCGCUUUAGAAAGCCUUCGAUUUAUUAUUUGAAUAUGUACUAACAUGGAGAAUAACAUUUAAUCAUGCAGAUCAAAACCGUUGCGAUGGUGUUUGGACAGAACACCACUGUAUAUAGACAGAUAAAUAUUAAAGCACGAAAAUGAUUUCUUGGUGAUCUUCAGCUUUGCAAAAAGAUGUUUGGAAAAAUAUGGCAUGUUAGAGCCAAUGAUAUAAAGCCAAAUGUAGGCGCGGUUCAAUAAUUUAUUCUCAUUUCCUCAAGUAAGAUUGCUUGGAAGUUCAUUGUAUGAAAUGAUUUUCCAAAUAAUUAUACGUUUUAGAAAAUUGAAAUCUUACUUAUCCCACUGUGGAGUGUAGAGGUCCCCCAUGACACCAUGAAACAAAUCCACGCGCUUGCAAUUAUUGAUGAACUUUAGAUUUUGCUGAUGCUUUCAUUUCCCCCGGGGUUUAAAUAGCCGAGCGGAAUUAAUACCCUCGCUGCGGCCUAUGCCCGGAACCGGGCGCGAACGCCGUUGGCUUGGACAUGCAAUACUGUGAUUAUACUAAAGCCUAUACUAAAUGUAAUCCUAGUCCCUAGAAGGGCUCUUUACUAUUUGUGUGUUAGAUAUUUUAUAAAAUCGUUGAAAUAGUUUAUCCGAGUAGUUGUUACGGAUGAGCAGUCAUGGAUAUAGCCAUGUAUACUUCACUUCAGUGGCUAGACAAUAAACAUAUCUGUCAGUUCUGUCGCUUCUCCAUCAGAUUUUACGACAAUUCAUGUAUAAAAUUUUCGAGUCCGGAAGGUAUAAGAUAUAUAAAUGAUGUUUUAAUUUCAUAUCCAUUGCUAGCUUCAAACGGUAACGGCUUAAUUAAUGAUCUUAUUUUACUUUAGCAGGUAAUAUAUUCAUGCUCUGAUUUCGUAACAGUUUGAAAUAUCUGUUACUUUUGCUUUAUUAUGGCCAAGUUUAGCCAAACAAUGCGAUAUUGAUUUCCAAAUGAUUUGUUUUUCUACUCAAGGAUGUAAAAUAUGAUAUUUUGUAUUGCUACAUUCUAUUUCAUUUGGAUUAAUAAAUGGAAAGAUGUUGAAAAUUACAAACAUAGUUUAACAAGACAAUGUUCCAGAAGAGAACAGAGGAUAGAGCUAAAAGAUUCAAGCUAGCAUGGGUUGCAUUAUUAUCUACUGUUGUUGUGAUUGGAUUCUGUCUUGAGGCGAGGAAAUAUAUACUAGGAUCGACACUUGUAACUGUUAAGAGAUAUGCAAUUGUUGGAGAUUUUGAUGCAAGUUAUGAUAAAUUAUUUCCUCGUUAUUAUCACGCAACAGGAAUGUUGACAUUGCCUUAUGAUAAUAUAGUGGAACCAUUUGAAGCUUGGUAUGCAGGGGAAAGAAAUAUGAGUAGGAUUGACUAUUACUACGGUAUGUACGCUUGCUGUGUUGCAUGCGUUAUACAUCUAGCUACACUAUAAGUUUCGAAGGGAAUUAUUAAUUAUAUAUUUGAAAUUUUGAAUACACUUUUAGCACGGCUGUCAAAAUAUACAAUGGCGUAAGGAGUCUUAAAUUAAAGUACAUAGCAUAAAAACCGUUUAAAAUUCGUAUCUAACUUGACUGGAUGAAAGUACACUAGCUAUAUAUAUAUAUAUAUAUAUAUAUAUAUAUAUAUAUAUAUAUAUAUAUAUAUAUAUAUAUAUAUAUAUAUAUAUAUAUAUAUAUAUAUAUAUAUAUCUUCAGAAUUUUGUUUCUUAGGUUGUAAAUCGCUGAAAUUUGUGAUAAAAAUAUAUAUGUGAUAUGUCCACUAAAGUAAAUAUUUGUGAUAUGUCCACUAAAAGCUGAGACAGAAGCUGAAUGGUUGUAUUCAUUCCAUUGUCUUCAUGAUGAUCAUGAAAUAGUCACGCUGUGUUUUUUACUAGUAUUCGUGACAAAUACACAGACAGAACAAUCUGUUCACUCUGCAUCCGUAUUUGAGAUUUAAAGAUCACAUUUUGUUUGAAGCAGUCAAGCAGAACACUUGUCAAGCGUAAUAAAAAUACCAAAUAUUGUUACUUUUCAUUGUAUUGACUACCGUUCGCCCCUUAUUAAUUAAUUAAGCCUCGUUUCAAAGGAAAUAAUAACUCCUGAUCACAAAACUCAUUUGCAUUUUGUUAUACUGGGCGUCAGGGGUUGUCCUAAGGUUGUCCCACACUCUCAAGAAAUGCAUGCAGCAUAUGUAAUAUAAAGCCUAAUUGGCGUUUUGUUUUGCGAGCGCGAAAAAACCUCUGGAACCCUGGAUAGCACAGUGUAGAAUGCACGAAAUUAAUUAAAAUUAAUGGAAUUCGUUGAGAUGUGUUUAAAAUUAAAAUUACGAAAUAGAAAACAAUUUCCGUGUUUCUAUAUAUACAGUUCUAGAAACACGCGUAAAAAUUUGAGAAAACGAGAAUUAAAUAAUCUGAGUGGGAAAACGAGAUUUGCGGCCUCGUUUUAUCAGUAGUUCGAGUAUACAGGGUGUAUCAAAAAAAGCGCAAUCCUCGACUGAAAUGUAAAUUGCUAAACAAAUAAGGGACGAAAACGUUAAAGUUUACAUUCAUUUUAAAGCAUAGCCAUUCAGCUUUCUAACAGUGGGUUGUUUCUUAAAUUUGACUCAUUGGUUCGCGGAUAAUAAUACUUUACGUUAUUGCGAUUGGAGAUUAAAAAAAUUGAGAUGGAAUAACAAAUCGUUCUCAUGAAAAUAACUGAUUUUUUCAUUAAAACAAAAAAAUGUUGCAUUUUAUUAAAUGGAUUGUAACAAUAAGUACAAUUACGGCUUUUCUUAAACUAUUUUUAACUCAGUUUGAAACUUCAAAUGCGAUAUAAUUUUGGCUUGGACCAUCUAAGCUGACUGACAUCAACUUGCUAUAAUUUCUGUUUACAUUACAUCGCAAUUCGAUGACACUCUGGCUCAGACACCAGAAUGUUUUGACAAUUUUUAGCAUUCGUUUAGGAUUUUCAAACAACCUGGUCUCCUUUAAAACACUUUUAAUUUGUUCUUACGUAGUUUUCCAGAUGUAGUGACGACAACAUUAAAGUUUAAAGAAAAAAAUUCUAACAUUUAAAUAGACUAAACAAUAACAUAGUAAACUUGCAUAAUUAAACAGCAACUAAAAAUGAUAGGUUUUACUAAAUCUUUUCCUGUGCAAUUAUUACUAGCAUUGGAGACAAGGAUAAUAGUUUGUUUGAAAGAGAAAAGAACAGGCUUUGAAGUAAGCCUAAAAGCGUUUAACUAGAAAUAGUAUUGCGAAAGUUAUUAAGCACAAAAGAUGAAUUGCGUUUAUUUUGAUACACCCUGUAUAGAAACACAGGAAAAUAUUUCUAAUUCUUUUAUAAUAUAAUCGAAGAAAAGUGUUUAUCAAUUAUAUAAUUCAUAAAUUCUCAUUAUCUCGACGGUUUCCCGGCAUUUGCUCGUCAAUUUGACCAUAAAAUGGUCAAGUUCUCCCAGUAUAUUUAAACUGCAUGAGAAUGUAGUUUCUUAAUUUCACUGUCAAAACUAAUAUUAUCACACACCUUUUUAUUCGAUUACAGCGCGUGUAUACUAUUAUAAAUUGCUUUUUUGCGUUUUAAAAUCAAAGCUGCGAGACGGGAAAUUUCCAGUGUUUCCAUAACAGUUAAAGAAACGUGCUUCUCGACUAAUCAACACUCACAACUCUAAAAGUUAUAUUAUAAUAUCGUUUGGAACAUAUUCAUGUUUUUGCCACAAGAUUUCAAGUCACCAUAUUCAGUUGGUUCAUGCUUGAUUUAGAUUAACACCAAUGAAACGUUUACUACUAUAAUUUGAUGUCCGAUCCAAUCCGUAAAUCUUAAAAUAGAAUAUCGCUAUACCAAACAUAACACAUCUCUACUUUAUACUAUAGGUAUGGACAAAACAAUCCAAAGGGGUGACAUGGAUGAUCAUGGAUUAUUAUUUAAAAUUAUACCAAAACAUGACGAUCCUGAACCUUCUAAGACAUUUUUCAGAAGUUGUUGGAUAAGAAAAGUUCCAUCUUGGGACCCUAUACAAGGACAGAGUAUAAUUCCGACAAAUUUAUCUGAAUUUAAGGUUUGUAAUUGAGUAAUUCAUCAGGUAAUUUUAUUUAAAGACUACAGAUCUUAUCGUAAUAUGGAGUUCACCAACAGAAUUUUGGGCAUCUCACUCGAUAGAACAAAAUUUUGAAGGUUUUUUUGUAGAUGGAAAUUGGAGAUAAAAAUUUUGCUAAAUGUAGCUAAAUUAGACCUUACCAGGAGUAGCUGCGAAGAAUGCAUAAUUAUAACCUGCAUGCGAACCCGUGAAAGUCAUAGCUUUCUUAUAUGCACUAGAUAGUGCGUGAUUGCAGACUCAGGAUAUUCCCAUGAAAUGAGAAGACUCGUAUGUUUUCUAUUUCUUAAACAGGGAACUUAAACAUUAAGUUAAACCUAUUCCAAAUACAUUUUCAAACUAUUCAAAUGAUGAAAGUUAUUGUUGUUUUUUAAGCGUUUAUAAGCGAGUGGGAAACUCCAACAUGGCCGCCAUCUAUUCAAAUGGGGGUAACCACUGGAAUAUUCUUGGCUUCAAUUUUACUAAAAGAGAUGCGCUAUCUAGUUUAUAUAAGAUAUCUAUGGUGAAAGUCUAUAAUAUUCUUAAUUAAUUGUGUCCCACACCUAAAAAUACAACAAAAUACAUGCUUUCAGAUUAAUGUAAAUAAUUAUUAAUCAAUUUUUCGCACCAUGAAGCAAAAAUAAUUAUUAUUGUAUGAUAUACAGCAGUAAUAGGUUUGAAACAUCGCAAUUUAUGUUACAGUAUAUAGCCUUAUGAAGACCUUUACAGAUUGAAUGCGCAUGCUUUACUGCGGAUUAAUAUUAUUAUAAAAUUAUCGCAGCUUCAAAAUACAACGAAAAUUAAUCCUUUCUUAAUUAAACUAUUGAUGUACCACAAAAAAUCCGCUCGUGUUUUCUUUUGUUAACACAACACAAGAACUGAUAUCCAUCAUGCAUGAAUAAAACAAAUUCUUCGAGUUCGAUACGUCUGUGCUGGUGUAGUGCAAUGAUUUUUCUUCUACAAAAUCAAAGAAAUUCCUCUCAAGUACUAAUGUUUCGACUUAUCUAACUUCUUGUUUUUUGUUUUUUUGUUUUUGAGCUAAUGAAAGAUCUGGAUGGCAAGAAACACAUGAAGUGAGGCAAAAGAAUAACAAGUUUUAACAGCACACAGCAUAUAGCAGGACAAAUCAAUCUAGUGAAACAAUUUUAAGACAGACAAAACAGACCAACAAUAAUAAACAAGCGAACAAAACAAUUAGCUUACAAGAAAAGAACUAAUAGUACAAGCAUAUGCAAUUGAUGCAAUUAUGCAAACAAGCAAACAAACAAACAAACAAACAAACAAACAAACAAUACACAAAUAAAUAAAUAUACAAAAACCCAAAGGAACAAUUAUUGUAAAAAAAACCUGGAACAAACAAAUGGAGAAAACAAACAAACAAAAAAACGAAAAAUAAAAUACAAAUAUGCAAACAAACAAACAUACAUACAAUAAAACAAAGAACAGAAAAACGGACGAAAUUUAUAGAAAUAUACAAACAAAAAACGACCAGAGAAACAAACAAACAAAUAAACCAAAAAUUACCAAUAAAUCACACAGGCACCCAAACGCCCAAUAGCGGAACGACCUGAGGGAACAAAAAGGAAGCAUGAAUAAUUAACAAUUCGUAGUUAUCAACUCAUAUUCUCAUAACAACUCAAUGUUAUAGAUAGAUGAACUUACCUAACUAGCUGUAUGGAACAAUUACGUACAAUUAGUUUUCUAUCUGUUGCCAAAUGACAGUGCUUGGUGACCAACUGAUACUAACCCUAACUGUACAUGAACAAAAUAAUAUUGACCUAAGUAAUACUACAUGCAUUACGUGCAACAAAAUAAAAGACGAAAAGUACAGCCACCAUGCAUGUAGUUAAGACCCUGGGAACGAGGUUGGUAGUUAAGACGUAUUUAACACCAAGACUAUAACCUACUCAUAAACACUUAUUUAACCUUAGCAUUAUAAUUAUGAAAAAUAUUGAAUCCUGUUGAGGUAAGUACAUUCAAUGUAGCAAGUGGCCAUGGAGUGUUAGUUGACUGACUAUACACUCAAAGAAGAGAUGUAUACUCUAUAGGCAUUUCUUUGUUUAUAACAUGGUUAAGAGAAUGAAUUACAAAUUACAACACAGUGAUCGUAUUUUGAUAUACGAGAGUGGAGUAGUAUUUGUCAGUUAUACUUUGCAAAAUCAGGAUUCUAUUUAAAAGGUUAAAAACGAUAAAAUGUUAAAAUUACAACGUUUCGAGCAACUUCUUUGCUCUUCUUUAGAGAUUUGUGCAAUAUGGCGGUCCAGGGUACCAACGUAAGUAAGGAACAGUAAUUGUUCCACGAUUACCUUUUCCCGUCUGCCUUCGAUAGUCCGUCUGUCUUCUCUCCUCCAUGUACUUUCUGACAGUCUUUCUAGAGUACCCAUUUGCCACAAAAACAUCUUAAAUAUUUUUCAAUUCCUCAUUGAGUUUAUCAUUGUCUGAUAUGAUGAGUGGUUACAAAGCUAUAAAUAAACAGGAGUGGUCACAAAUCCUGAAGAAGAGAAACUAAGUUGCUCGAAACGUUGUAAUUUUAACCUUUUAAAUUGAAUCGUGAUUAAAAUUUAAAGAAAAGUUUUUAGAAUGAGAAGUGGUAGUUUUAGAAAAACGGUGAAAAACAACAACAACAAUCUUACAAAUAUAACCCACUUUUUUUUGUUUUUCUCUUUUUGCAGCUCCAAGGAGUAGAGUAUUACAAAGGACAGCCAUGUCGGAAAUAUGUCCGAAAGACGGUGGAAUAUAAUAAAACAAAUACAUAUGCAUUAUACAUCAGUGAUAAAGAGCCACAUAUUCCAGUGAAAUAUGAAAUGCUAGGAUAUGAUGACCUGCUUACAUCUCAUUAUGAUCAUUAUAUUUUGGAUUAUUUCACGUUUUCGCCAUGGACAUUUAACUUCUCAGUUUUCAAGAUUCCAGCAGGUAUGCAUACUCAUUACACUUUAUAAAGUUUUUAACCGCAACCAACAAACACAACCACGUAAAUAUCUUACAUAUUUUAUCACACUGUCAACUCUGGUUUACCUAAACAACAUUAAUCUUCGAACUUAAUCAUUGCAUUCACGACCCAACGUUUCGACAAUCCAGUCUAGUUUCUUUAUCAGAGAUGAUCCAAUAUAAAGUCCUCACAUACUCUAGGAUAAUGUCAUCGCCCAUCAAGAUAAAGAUAUUUAUACUCUUGCGAAAGCAAUAUAGCUAUUAUUGUCAUCCCCGUUCAUAACAUAUACAAGAGCUUUCAUAUAUUUUAGUUCAACGCUUUCAUCGACGCCAUCAGUGUUGGUUUUACUGUACUCAUGUAGUGUAAAUUAUUUUCUACACAGAUACCUGGUGUGGAAAGAAAGCAAGAAGAAUUAAAUCACGAUAUUUCAUAAACCCAAUGGCAGAAUUUGUUCAUUUCCAUCACUCUAACGAUGAAGAGACAGAAAAACAUUUCAAAAGAUUUAAGAAACUUCAUUUGAAGGAUUAUAAACACCAUCAUGACAAUGAAAGAAGGAAGCAUAUUUUUAAACAUAACCUCAGGUAUUUUGAAAAUGAUCAUGUCAUUAUAAACGUUAGCCCAAACGCGAUUCGAACAUGUACGUAAAUGUUGGAUUGACCCAAAACAUUUUUCGCGUUCCAAAAAUUUAAAUAGUUCCUGUUUUACUUCUUAAUAAUAUUCAAGAAAAUAUUCUUAAUUAACUGCCAUUGUUUGAUUUACAGCGCUGUUAAUCCCAAACAGCAGUGUAAAAACUGUAACAACUGAGCAUGUGUGCAUCUCAAUUUCUGUACUACAAUAUAAAUGUACUAAAAUAUAUAAUUCGGUCUGUCACUGAAGGUCGUAGGUUGAGAAUAUAUUUCAGUACCGAUUAUAUCUCGACUGUAUAAUUUAAAUAACAAGAGGUUGCUAUAGCACCGUGAGUUUUUCACAGAUCUCAAAUCGUGAGCAGUCAACAUACUAUUUUAAUUAUCUCUGAAUCAAUGUUGUAACAAGUCAUGAUCAAGUCGAAUUGGUUGGAGAUGUCUGAUCGAGUUGAGUUGAGUCAAUAGCUGAAAUUGACGGUCGAGUCAGGGAAUUUGAUCAAGUCAGUCCAUCCCACAAUUUCUGUGAUGGUCGAUACCAUAGAUGUCUUAUAUACACUGGAUAGUGCACCUAAUUAUUCUGCAAUUCAAAAAUUGAAGCCGUGAUUGCAGGCUCAGGGUAUUCCCAUGACAUUUCAUGGGAAUACCCUGAGCCUGCAAUCACGGCUUCAAUUUUUGAAUUGCAGAAUAAUUAGAUGCAUGCACUAUCCCUAAACAGGGAAUUUAAACAUUAAGUUAAACCGAUUCCAAAUACAUUUUUAAACUAUUCAAAUGAUGAAAGUUAUUGUUGUUUUUUACGCGUUUAUUAGCGAGUUGGAAACUCCAAAAUGGCCGCCAUCUAUUCAAACUGGGGUAACCGGUGGAAUAUUCUUGGCUUCAAUUUUACUAAAGGGGAUGCGCUAUCUAGUGUAUAUAAGAUAUCUGUGAUCGAUAGCCAUGCUUACAAUCUGUGAAAUGACUAACCAAUCAUAUUCACGUUAAUCAUUUUAAUAUAUUCACACAGCAUUAAGCUGGAAAAUAGCGACUCGAGCCCGAGUCAAUCCCCCACCCGUGCAUAUAGCAAAAACUAGCAAUUUUAUAAUUUACUGGUGUAGGUUCAUAAAUUCCCGAAACCGUCGUAACACUGGUUACUCUCUCUCUGUGAAUCACUUGAGUGACCUGACAGAGGAAGAGAUGGAAUCGCAUCGUGGAAUGUUAUCAGAAGAUGAAAAUGACGAGGAGAGUGAGGGAGACAUUGGAAGAAAGAAGAAAAAAGAGAGGAGAAAAGAGAAGAAAAAUAUUCUUAAUUUGCUACACGGUCGACAAUUUGGUAAAUUGCCAGAACGGUUGGAUUGGAGGGAUUAUGGUCAGUAUUAUGAGGGUCUUAUAACACUGAGCUCGGUUAUAAAACUGGGUUUAAAAUUCAUGAGACAGUGAUCCUAUCAAUUAAUUUGUUAAAAAUCAAUCAUUUCGUCUAUGAUCCUAUAACUGCCAUGCAAUUUGUAAAUAAAACAGUAAUUAAGAUAUUUUCAGUUGGAAUUACAAUGAGUAAAUAAAGCAGUGUGCAACGUCUCUAAUGAAGCUAAUGAACAGGAAAUUACUGAAAUUAGCCCCUCGUAGUUUCUAUUAAAUUAGUAACUUCAAUUAAUUUUUGUCUGCCUUCAUGUAUUAGGCGCUGUUUCACCAAUCAGUAGUCAGGGACUUUGUGGUUCAUGUUGGACCUUUUCAAUAGCUGCACCAAUCGAAGCACAUCAUUUCUUUCAGGUAUAUGAAAAAAUCGUUUAAAAAUUAAUCGUUUAUAAGGCAAUAUAGUAUCUAAUAUAACUAAAGGCAAUACCAAUAGCUUGAGGCAAUAGUCACCGGCGGCUUUAUGCUGAUGCCCAGGUUUAGUUGUUUUGAUAGAAAAACUCUUGUUAAUAGAUAGGAAGGAAAGGGCAAUAAUAAUUAUCUUCAAUGCAUUUUUCAUAGACAGGUAAAAUGAUAGAAAUAUCGAAACAGCAAAUCAUAGACUGUUCAUGGGGAAGUGGUAAUCACGGCUGUCGAGGUGGAUUUCCUGCCAAAGCUUUAGCAUGGAUUAUACGUAAUGGCGUGGCUACAAGGAAAAGCUAUGGACCUUAUUUAGGAGAAGUAAGCAACACGUGCACAUCCAUUUUUACUGUCGUUCCAAUUGAAGUGUUCCUCAAAUAUUGAUUCAAUACAUUAGCUCGGGCUGACCAAUUCAUUUCAUCAAGUUCCUCGAGAUAUUCAUACACUUCCUGUGAAAGAGCCAAUUCCAAGUAUUUGAUCAUUUCUGGUCACUUCCUUUCUAUUUAUGAUUGGUUAUAGUUGCACAAACAACAAAGGUGAUUGGUGCAUUCAAACUAUUCGACAGGAAGUUUACAAUUAUACUGGGAAGUGUAUGAAUAUCUCGAGGAACUUGAUGAAAUGAAUUGGUCAGCCCGAGGUAAUGUAUUGAAUCAAUAUUUAAGGAACACUUCAAUUGGAACGACAGUAAUGUUUUGUGUGUUUCGCCAGAGAAACUGGAUUUGUCAAAUCCGAAGACUCUUAAAUCUUUUUUAUGUGGUUCAUGAAGCAUUUUAUAGAUUCUUUCAACUAUAUUCAGUCGAUAUAAUUUUAAUAACGCUAAAUAUGUCAUAAAUGUCCCUCCCUAGCAAGGAUGAGUUGACUACAAAAUUUUUGUAGUUCGCUAUAACUACAGCUACUUCAAAAAUAUGUAGUCAGCUACAACUACUGCUACUUUUGAACAAAGGUAGUUCGCUACUGACUACAGCUACUGCUUAAAAAAUGUAGCGAACUAUUUCGCUAUUUCUCUGCGCUAUUUUUUUAGUUUUACUGUUUUUGGAGCAUCUACUAACUCAGGCUGAAAUGUAACCUAUAACAAAUCGACUUACUAGUAGCAAUAGUAAACACAAAGCAACAUGCUUGUAAGCACUACAGUGUUCAAGAGUGCAAAUUGACUAUUGAGUAUUGUCUUAUAAGCAAACCAUGUCUCAAUAUCAUGCUAUUCUAUCAAGGUGCUAACAAUUUUAAAAAGUAGCGAAUAGCGAUUCGCUGUUUGAAAAGUAGUCAACUACUUGGCUACUUUCAUAGGCGUACGGGGCGGGGGGGGGGGCGGUAGCCCCCCAGUUUUUUGGGCAGUCGGGCAAUUUCCCAGUUUUUUGGGCAGUCGGGCAAUAUUCGAUCAACAGUCGGGCAAUUUUGGUUUGCAAUUAAAAAAAAUGGGACAAAUUCUGUCAAUUUUGUCUAAAAUUAAGUAAAUUUUUUGGCAAAUUUUGUGAUUUUUGGAAAAUUGGUGUUAUGUUCCGAAAAAUAUUGGUUGUCCGGAAAAUUUUUUUGACCCCUAAAAUGGUACACUGACCGAAAUUUUUUUGGCGACGGCGGGGGGGGGGGAGGUCCCCAAUUUUUUGGGCAAUGUGGAAUUUUUUGGGCAAAAAAGGUACCGCCCCCCAUAAUUUAGCGGCCCCGUACGCCUAUGGCUACUUUUAGGCAAAAUGUAGUUCGCUAUAACUACAGCUACUGUUUUAAAAAAGUAGUAAAAAACUACUGGCUACUUGAAAAUUGUAGUUCGCUACAGUAGCGAACUACAACUACUUCGCUACUACCCACCCUUGGUCCCUAGUAAUCUGAUUAUUUUGUAUUAUCGAUCAACAGUGUGUUGUAUACUGUAUUAUUUCUAACAAAUAAUGUUUUAUUGUAUAUUCUUUAUCUCAGGAAGCAUAUUGUCAUUGUGGUAGAAAAGAUAACUGCACAAUUAUUGAUGAUACCAAAGAUUUUUAUCGCAUCAAACCGAAUACAGUGAAGACAAUGAAAGUUGCUCUAGCUAAAUAUGGACCAAUAUCCUGCAGCAUUAAUGCUGAUGCCAAAACGUUGAGAUUUUACAGUAAAGGAGUGUAUAGCGAUCCAGAUUAUAUAAGUAAGGAGAUUAAACCUGUAUUAGGACAAUAUACAUAACCAUAUUAUUCAAUAUUAAUAAUUUAUUUCUCUAUGUAAUUAUAAAUAGUCACUCAUAUCUUAAAGCCUGAUAAUACAAUUCUUCUACUAUAGACAGGUUUCAAUAAAUGAGAACAUGAUCGUAAUUGUUCAACAAUAACCGACAACACUGCAUGUCCAAUGACAAUGUUCGCAAAUUUGUAUGUCAACUGUACAGAUAUAAAUAACCGAUAUAAUGUCACCAUUGAGCCAUCGCAUCAUUAGUUUAGAAAAUAUUCACAAAAUUAUGUUAAGAAAGACCGUCAUUGUCAAGGUUAACACUGUGCGAUAAGGGGCCAGUCAUAAAGUAAAGGGGGGGGGGACAAUAGGUGGGUCACUAUUUUUGAGCAUGGUUGAAGGGGUGGGUCAUCGAAAGUUAAUUGCAAUCAUAAGGUAAAUAUAUGCAGAAAUUUUUUCAAGGGCAUGUGUAUUAAAAUUCAUAUUAUAAAUAAUAGGAAAUAAGUAUCUGGAUCCAUGUGUAAAAUGUAUACCGCAAACGUUAACUUCAAACUUAAAAGCUGAAUUUACUGCACAAUAAUAUUUGAAUGCGUAUUAAACCAUUAUGCUAAAAAAACAAUGGAUAAUUCAAUUAACAUCAUCAUUUAGCGAAUAAAUUUUACAUUGUCAUUGGUGUGUUAAUUAAAUUAAAGCACCUUGCAAUUCCAUUCACAAAUGUAAAUAAUCGUGUAAAUAUUUUCUCUGAAAUGUUGGUUUUCUAUACUUAGCAUGUGAUUUAUACAAAAACGCACCAUUAAAACAGUGUUUUGAAAACCUAGUUUUUUUACAAAAUGUGUUCUCAGAAUGCUGCAAAUGCCAUUUCCGGGAUUCAAAUUUUAAUUUUUUGUGUCCGUCACUGUGGAUAAUACGUUAGUAGUGGCUAACCAAUUUUCUCAGAUUGUUUAGUUAAAUGUCACCAGCUUUGUGCAGGCCGAUGUUUAUUAUGUAACAAAAUUAGUGUAAUUUCUACGAGAACGUAGUUAAAUCACAAUUAUUGUUAGCGGUUUGGCGUUACCCGUAAAUGUCAAACUCAAGUUCUCUAAUUAUGAGACCUUUCUGUAGAAGAAGAAGAAGCAAAGAAAGACCUUUCUGUAUUUAAUUGCACCAUUUGAAUAGCUAUUGUGUAUUGUAACACAAAAUUAUUUGGCAACAGAAAAAUGGAACGCUGGUAUCUUUCGCCUUUCUGAAAGGGUGGGUCAUAAUUUGUCAGCACCAAUUUAAGGGCGGGUUACAAAUUUUAGAGCAGUGCCCCCCCCCCCCCUCCUUUACUUUAUGGCCGGUCCCUAAGGAAAUAAAAAAUAACUUAAUGAUUUCCAUGCAUUUUUACGCAUAUCUUUAUUACAUUUCACGUUAAUGUCGCUGAAGCAGACAACCUUUUUAGUAAAUUAUAAUUUUAUGGGGGAAGAUUUCCGCCAUUCGAACUUUCUUUAUGACUGUUAUCUUCAUUAUUUUAUUUAUGGGCGAUCUUCUUUCAUUUAUUUUAUUUAUGGGCGAUCUUCUUUCAUUUCAUUCAUCAUUUAAGGUAUAUGAAUAUAGGUAUUGGGACAAGUACUGGUGUAAGACAUUGUGUAGCAUAAUUAUAAAUAAUUAGAGGACCAAUAUUCAAAAUGGUUGUUAUUUGCUACGAUUAUAGAUCGAACUAAAAAAGGUGAACUUUUUGUGGAAUACGAUAAGGGCGAGAGAUUGAAAAAGGGUAGGGAAGUAUUAAAAAAUUGGGGUCGCCCCUUGUCACAUUUUUUUCAGUUUGAGGCCCGCUCCGAUUCACGGGCAAAAAUAGUUAAAGGCUUUCCCCAUUUUCUCACCCACCGCCCCUCCCCUUCUAUUAAUAAUGACCGGUCCCUAUCCUUGACAUUUCCCUUCUACAUUUACUCCUUUUACUUUGAUAUACUUCUUCUACGAUAAUCCACAUAGAUUGAGCAGUGAUAUGGAUUAAUUAUUUUAAUUUUUUAUUGAUUUUAGUUGUAUGUUGUAGCUAUGUUAUUGGUUCGUUUAGCAGUUUAGACAAAAUUAAAUGUCCAUGUAUAUAAGAGAAGGUACAUUCUAAACAUAUUUUAUUUCUGCUUGGUAUUUAUUUUUGUUAUGCUUCUUUCAUCUAGAGAAACGAACAAAUCAUGCAAUGGUGUGUAUUGGCUAUGGCAUCGAGGAUAAUAAAGAACCAUAUUGGAUAUUAAAGAACACAUGGGGUCCACUAUGGGGUGAUAAUGGGUAUAUAAAAAUUUCUCAGAAAGGAAACAUUGCAAACAUUCAUGGUGGUCAACUUUUGACUAUCAAGAAGAAUCGUCAAAUUCCCGAGUUUCCAUAUCAGUCUUUAAAGAAAGUUAAAAGAAGCGAAAAACUUUACAAAAAUUUAGCCACCAUUUCGGUAUAAACAUUUUUAUAUAUUUCACGUAGUAACUUUUUAAAAUUUUAAUAUUAGAUAUAUUAAUGGAUAAUAGCUGAUUUUGUUGAUAAAAUCAACAGAAUUCUAGUCUGUUGAUAACAAUGAAUAUUUUUUUCUGAAUCUGUAGAGUUUAUUUUGUAUUACAGCCAUCUUAUUUGUAUACAAAUUUACUAUAUAACACAAUGUUUGUUCACCAAACUUAAUGAAACAUGAAAUCUCUAUGUCAACUUUAACGUAGAGCAUAUACUGAGAUACAAAAGCCCAUAAGGUCUGUUGGCUGUGAAUUUCAAGGAGUUGGAUGAAUUCCAAAAAUGUUAUUCUGUGACAUUUUAAAUUUGGUGACAUAUAAUCCUUUUGGGAUUGAUUCAUCUCCUUGAAAUUUAUAGUGUAGAUUAAAAACUCAUGAAAAACAUAAUAAGAACGCAUCUUUGAAUUUUUUUAUUUUAAAUUUUAAUUAAUCAAUAUCCAUUUUUGGCAGAGAAAUACAAUGGAUUUAAAUGUAAAAUAUAUAAAUACAUAUAUAUGUAAGCCUAUAAUGAAAGGUGUAAAAAAUUUAAAGUUGAAAAACGAUAUAAAUAACUACAAUAUACAGUAAUAUCAUUCAUUUAUUUGAUAUUGUACAUUGCACAUUGUACAUUGUACAUUGUAAACACCCUUGGAAUAAAAGUACUAUGUCUGUGUGUUUUUGAGGACUGUCUUGGAAAGCUAUCUCUAGUCCUCCUCAGUUUCCAUGUUAUUCGAGUUCUGCCAAACUUCUACUACAAGUUUUUCUCUGUGUUUCUAUACGGCAGUCAUAGGAGCACUUCAAGUGCUCCUAUGACUGUAUAGAAACACAGGGAAAAAUGCAACAAUAUGUUCUUAAUAAAUGUUUAAAUGCACGCAACUGUUGGCGUGUUGGUUUACACACUUUAAGGUGUGUAUUUAGACCAAAAAGGCGUGUAUUUUUACACACUUUUUACAAUUAAGGAGAGGUAGUAAUUGUACACGCCUUAAGGGGUGUUUUGAAAGAGAUGCGUAAUUUUACACACCUCAAGGUGCGUAAUUUGCUGGCUUGUUAAAAUACACACAUUCUUUAUUGCACACCUUAAAAGUUGUGUAAAAUUGAACAUCUUUUCCUUGCUCUCAUAUACCUUGUAAAUACACACCAUAAGGUGCGCAAAAAUAUAGUAAUUAGCAGAAAAACUAAGAUCAUUCAUUUUGGACGAAUUUAAAUUAUUUAAUAGAGCUUAAAAACACAAAACUUACAAGUUGUGAAUUUUUACGCUAUUAAUAAUAUACAUUAAGAUAUUACUCGACUAAUAUACAUAAAGAUAUUACUCAGUGCAAUUAAUCCCAAACAACAGUGCAAUGUUCUGUAAUCACAGUGCAAUUUUCUCUAAUCACAGUGCAAUUUUUUGUAAUCACAGUGCAAUUUUUUCUAAUCGCAGUGCAAAAAUCUGUUACCCCCGUAAAUCCUAACGGUUUUAGGCGGCCUGGUUGCGCAGGCGUUCGCCGUAGUAAUUUUCGGUCUGGGCAUAGGCAGCCCAGCAAAAUGUGUAAAAAUGCAUUAUACGCUUAAAAAUACGUAUAAGGUUCGUCUCAAUUUGCUAUCAAGCGAUUUAUUUGUGUAGCUCAUUAUACAUGCAACUUCCGAUGUUUACGUCAUUGUAUUUUAAUAUUGUAUAUUAUCCCACGGCGGGCAACUCUUUUACAAAAUACAUUUACACACACUAAUACGUUCGCUUCAAACAACAACAAAAACCGCUACUUUCUGAAAAAAACUAGAUACAAAACACCUUGGAUAUUUUUUCUAACUUUAUUCAAACUUUUUAGAGUUGAAAAAAGCUUUAAGUGGGUUUUAUCGAAAUUAUUUUUGUCGAGGGAGAGGGGAUGCAAAAUGCACGACAAACGUCAAAAUCGAGUUCAAAAUGCAUGUCUUUUCCUCAACAAUCGCUUUGUUCAUUUUGCAAGUGAAAUAUAGAUACCAAUUUUAGCAAUAUAAGCUGAUACUAGAUACUUCAAUAAACAUUUAUAGUAUGUAUUUGAGGCAGGAAGUGAUUUCGUUUAAUUAAUAAUUGAAAAUUUGUGUUGAAUUGAAUUGAAUUGAAUUUAUUAUUACAAAAUCUGAAUGGCAGCUAAGAGCUGAAUUGUACAGAGUUGACAUUUAAAAUACAUGGUAAAACUACUACAUAUAGUAAUAAUAUUAUACGGUAUGUUAAACUAAAAUUUAUAUUACAAUUAAAAUGAAUCAUUAUAUGAUACGAUACUAGAAGGAAUAAAACUUUUACUAAAUCUUGUAGUCUUACAAUUAAUUAAGUUAAUAUGCUGAUCGUUACGUAGAUUGUAAAUACGUAAGUCCUCGCGUUUAUUAGGGAUAAGUUCAUUCAAUUUAUUUUCCGGGUUGAGAAGUUUCUUAAAAUAGGAUUUACAUAAAUUAUUUCGUCUUUGAGAGAGCAACGAUAUUUCAUGAACUUCCAAGGCUUUGCGGUAUGACAGGUCAGGACAUAUUAUUCGUAGGGCUCGCUUCUGAAUUCCUUCGAUUUCUUCCUUUAAAUAGUCAGGGGAGUUUAAGUUCCAAACCUGGCAUGCAUAUUCAAGCACAGGUCGUAUACAUGUGGUAUAGACUUGAAUUAGAGAACUCCCUCCAAGACUGCUGCGUUUAAGCACUCGGAGAAAAAAAAGUCUCUUUGAUGCCUUGUAUACUAUGUGUUCAACAUGUAAGUUCCAACUAAGAUCAGAAGAAAAGUACAGACCAAGAACCUUUGCUGAUAAAACUGGGGACAUACAGUGAUCUUUAAUAAACAAUGGUCGAAGAUUAGGGACGUCCUUAGCGAACGAGAUAAUUAGCUCUUUGCAUUUAGAACGAUUAAGCAUCAUAUCAUUUUCCGUGCACCAUUGAUCGAUAUUAUUAAUAACGGAUUGCAGGUUACUUUGACAACCUUUACCGAUUGUUUCGGAGAGACUAGUGUCGUCAACAUAUUUCCAUCUAUCUCUGUGGUUAAUAGCCAAAUCGUUGACCAUGAUGAGGAAAAGUAAUGGGCCAACGAUUGUACCUUGCGGGACGCCUCCAUUUACCAAGGACCAAUCAGAGAACGAAGAACCCAAUUUCACCCUCUGUCUUCUUUGCAUCAGGAAAUCAAUAACCCAGUUUAUUAAGGAUUUAUCAAUAUUUAGUAAUUGCAUCUUUUUUAUCAGGAUUUUGUGGUUGAUUCUGUCGAAUGCUUUACUAAAGUCAAGCAGAAAAACACGAACAGUCUCGCCAUUGCCGUCUGUGUUAGAAUACCAACAGUGGAACCAGGGGCGCCGGAGCCACGGGGGCAGCGGGGGCAACUGCCCCCGUUGCCGAAACAGUGCGGGGGCGGCACGGGGGCAACAGGUUGCCCUUUUUCACCAGAACUGCGCUUCGAAAUUUGUGCGUUAUUAACAUGAAUUGGAAUUUAUAACUAUUUUAAGCAAUCUUUGCUUAAUUUUAACCAGUUGUAGUAAAAUUAAUGCCAGAGGCCGCGGAAUUACUUUUGUAUAAUUGUGAUCAAAAUCAAACGAUUUUUGAAAAUAUGGAGUUCCUAUAAAGUCGGAAAUGGCCUUUACACAGUCUUUACUACUACAAAAAGGGCACUUCCCUUCUAGCCCCCCCAAAAGGCAUUUUUUCACUUUAAAAUGUGGAGAGGCACAUGCCCCCACUGUCCCCCGGUUCCGCGGCCCCUGAUUAAUGCUAAGCCAGGUAAUAUACGUCUGUUUACUGAUUUUAUCAGCGCCCUUAACAUGGUGCAACCAAUAAAAUUGUUCAAAAUUAAUGUCGAAGUUUGCCGUCCCACAAUAGCCACAAGUAAUCGAGUAUCCAUACAAUAAAGUUUUAACAAAUAUUGCCGCCCAGAAAAAUGAUUGCUUAGAAGCAAGUGCCCUUUUGAAAUGGCUGCCCCCGCCGCUUCACAUUGUUUCCGGCGCCCCUGAGUGGAACAUGCUAAUUAAUGCGUCCAUCGUAGAAGAGCCUUUUAACGAUCCGAAUUGCUUUGGGUCCAACUGAGACUUAAUGGUAUCCAUAAUCCAUUGAAAUGGAAAUGAUUCAAGAACCUUUGAGAGCGUGGCGGUCAGAGAUAUAGGUCGCAGGUCUGAAGAUAUAUCCGUGACCGAGGAUGUCUUAGGGACGGGAACGACAUUUGCUUCUUUCCACUGCAUUGGAACGUGUGCUUGUUUAAUGGAGGCAUCAAAAAUCAUUGUCACAGGUUCUGAAAUCUCCAUUGAAAAGUUAUUGAGAAUCCAAUUUGGCAGAGAGUCUGGACCAGGAGUUUUAGGAGCGAUUCGACAUCAACAACGGAGAUAGGGUACAAAACGGUAGGUUCCACUCAAAUAUCGUCUUAUGACUUAUCAGUAGUCGUGGAAUUGUCGUGUGGAGUAUACGGAAAACUAUAAAGGUUGCAAGAUAUCUCUCUCACAAAAAAGCACCGUUCAAUUUUACUUGAGACAUAAAGCCAAGUUAAAUGUCUAUAGUUUGGUGUGUUCAAAUUUAUCUCAACCUAUCUCAACGAGGAGAAAACACUAUUUUAAACUCGUCCGCGCUUUAAAUUUUGCAAAUAUUUUCAUCGCUCGAGUAAAAUUUUUGCCCUGAUAUUUUCUUUCAACGGGUGUUCAGUAACAAACAACACAAGCUAUUACAUGUGAUAUAACUUAUUAAAUAAUAUUUCAAAUUUUAAUUAACGAAACAUAAUUACUUAGCAUUUAAAUCCUUUGUUUUCUCGCCUUUGCUUGUUUACAUUUUUUGUUGCCAUCUUGUACGCGAUUUUCUGAUUUUUUUAGAGAAAGCGCGCACGCGCAAAUCCUAAUGUGCAUCACACGUAGCACGGUCAUUUAUUAGCGCGUUUCCCCGCCCGUGUUUUAUAGCGCCCUGAUCUCGCCGAAGUAUCCGCUGAGUAUUUUCGAAGAACGGCAUCUGUUGUACAUGCUGGCGAUUUUUUUGGAGAAUAAAGCGAUUUGAGUGUGAGAAUUUUCGAUUCGAAGUGCCGUGCCGUCGUAUCGACGAUCGGAAAUAGUUUGCCUUUUUCAUGUAUCAUGUAUACUAGUAAUAUCGAGUACAAAGUCUCGGAACUAAUAUUAGUCCAACAAAGGAGGAAUAAAAGGAGAACACACACACUAUCAAAUAGGCAAGUCAAUUUCAUUUUAAAAUUUAUAUUUUAUGACAUAUUUUUACUAUAAUAUACAUUACUAUAAUAUACAUUUAUACUAUAUAAAGUCUGGGCCGCUUGUGGUGACCGUUCAAGUAUACGACGAAAACGUAAAGCAAUGCAUCAACUAAACUCAGAAACACAACAAAUGCAUUCUAUUAACAAGUUAGAUCUAUUUUUUACAUAUACUGUCUAUACUGCUAAUAUUUUUUGAAUUAUUUCGUUAUUAAAUAUUUGCUGCCUCGUAGAGGCAGCAUACUAAUUUUGUCGGUCCCAGCCUUUCCGCGAGUUAUGUGGAGGAGAAUUCGAGAUUUUCGGAUUCAGUAUUUAGAACAAUGGAUUGAUGACGUUUUGUGACGUAGCUUCGAAUUGCAGGCUUAACUUCCGCUUUCUUUCUAAACGCCUGUUCGCAGGCUUCUUUCCUGAAUAGUGAAUACAGUCAAAGAUUAGAUACUAUAAAGAUGUGCCACUCGACGUAUUUCCCUAAUGUUUGCGUGUCCGUAAUUUUCACUUACUGCCAAAAUGGCGGCGACACUGAUGGCGUUGGAUUUUACUAUUUAGAGACUGAUGGCGUUGGAUUUGACACUUACUGGCAAAAUGGCGGCUAUAAAAAAAUCUCGGACAUAAUUUUCGCAGAGUGGCACAUCUUUAUAGUAUCUAAUCUUUGAUACAGUCACAGAUGAUAGACAGUGAAUUGUUCCUGGCACUAUAUUUUGAUGUGUAUUCGUGGGGAUCUUUUGGUCAAAUCAAGUCAAAAGGGGCCGUUCAUAUUAUGUUUUUAAAAAGCAGUGAAUUGUACCUGUACCAAACUUGCUAGCGAUGUGUGAACUCGCUAGCGAAGUGUGAUCUCGCAAUCUCGCAUACAUAUUUCUGUCAAAAGAUCAAGCCAACAAGGUAAUGUAUAUCAUAUUUUACAAAUAUAUAUAGGUUGUGUGUCAAUUAGAAAAUUGCCAAUAAAAAUAGUUAUAUAUUACAGUAAUUUUGAUUUUGGGUGCUUAAUAUUUAAUUGCCAAAAUUUCAGGCUACUGGUUCUUAACCUAAGUACUGGUUCUUUUAUGCGGGGCUUUACUGUAUAUCAAUAUACCUUAUUUAUGCAUAAUGACGUUAAUAUGCAUUAUGAAGCAUCACGGAGGCUUGAUGCCUGCGAGAAAUGCUGGUCUUACGACAUCACCUGGGAAAAUUUUGAUAGUGGCCAUUUUGAAAGACCAGCAUUCCUUGUGGGCAUCAAGCUUUGUGUAGUCAUUAUGCAUAAGGUCAAUUGAGCAGUAUAAUGCCCGCAUUGGAACACACAAUUGUAUACGAUAAUGCUCACAAUUUCUUUCUUAUUAUACAGUUUUGCAGUUCUGACUGAGUGCAGUCUUAGUCAUUACAAAUGGAUGGUGUCAUCUGAAGUUAACAUAUUGAAGAAAAAGUCAACAAAAUAGAUUUUUUCUCCCCAUCGGCAAAUUGUUCAGUUUUUCUGCAGUAGGGGUGGCCGUGAAGGUGCCAUUAAAACAAUAAUUAGGACAAAAACUGACUUAGGGCCUGUUCAUAUGGGCAAAAGUUAUCCCAGUUAACGAGAAACGUUUUCGACUAGCCAAAUACUUUUCUUCUGUUCACAUGGAGAAACUUUAUCCCACUUACCAGGUAAAGUUUCUGGCUGUGACGUGGCACUGAACAUGAAUUGAAUAGUUGCUGACAGGAGAGAAAGUAAUCCCGCUAAGUGGGAAAGUUGUGUUCAUAUGGGAAAAACAUUAUCCCAGUCACCGAGAGCUCGCCUGUAAACAAGCGAGAUGUCGGUACAUGGGAGAACUUGUUGUGUCAUAUGAACGCAGUGUAACUUUUCAUAUUGUUUUCAUACCAAGGCGAGAUCUCGCUUGUAAACUUGUCGAAAGGUUUUCUCACUAACCGGGAUAACUUGAACAGGUCCUUACUGGUAGUAUUUCUAUGUAUGAAAAUAUGAAAUUGUUAUUAAAUUCUAGAUAUCCAAUGAUUCGUUCAAGUAUUAUUAGGGACCGGUCAUAAAGUAUUUACUAGGGGGUGUGAAGGAUAUUUUUGGGGGUACGAAAAAAAUCCAGAACCUCUGAGGGGGUACGAGAAAAACAGCAGAACCUCUAGGGGGGGGGGGGUGUACCAAAAUCUUAGUACUAUAUAGGUACGGGAAAAAUUACAUUUUAUAAUUAGUGUUGAAUAUUGAAUGCAUUUGUGCCCAGAUUUUUAAAUAUGAUAAUGAGUGUCAGUAUUACAGAAGCCAUGCUUUAAUUUGUUUUUCUAAAGCUUUUAAUGUAUCCUAUAAUGUACUCUGGGAACAGUUAAUAACUUAAACAUUUAUAGUGAUUAGGGUAAAUAAUCAUAGUACUAUAGCUACAGCAAUUUCAAAGAGUCUCUCUACAUUCAUCGUUAUUAUAGUUCUUUUUGCUAUAAUUAUUAUUAAAUCAACACAAAGUACCAGUCUGACUCAAUGUCAGAUGAUAAGGAGGAUUCAGUAUCGGUGGAACUUUUGGAGUAUAAAUCUGACACAUCUGAAUUGUCAAUGCUAGCAAGCUCACACCAUUAGAACCUGAUGAGAAAGAGUCACAUUGAAUGGAAGCACAUUUUUUCUGUUUGAAAUAAACCAAAAACAAAUUUUUAUAUUUGUUCUUACCCUCAGCCCAUUGCUACUAUGUCAGAAUCAGAAACAGAAAAGCCUGUGGUGAUGAAUCGGAGACUGCGGAAAAUGUUGAGGAUAUGGUUUACCACUACAAGAAGUGACUGAAAGACUUAUCACAAACUGGAGAGUUUCGAAAUAUAGAUAAACGCAAGACCAAUGUUAAAACAGAAUUAAUGAUAGAAGGGUGGGGGGGGGGGUAUGAACAUUUUCACUUGCACUGAAGAGGGUACGAAAAUUUCUCCAUAGGUUUUUGGGAGGGUAUGGAAAUAUGUACUUGAAAUUUCAUUUAUCCUCCACCCCCCUCUAGUAAUUACUUUAUGACCGGUCCCUUAUUGUUUGUUAUACACAGUAUUGUACAGUUCCACAGUAUUCAGUGGCAAGCUAUCCAUGACAACUGGUCAUGCUAUGCUAAUAAAACUGCAUCAAUUUGAAUAAUGCAAGUCAUUAAAAACUUGCAUAGCAUGACUUGUAGACUUUCACAAAGUCCUUCGUCUUUGUUUAGAAUGAAUGAAUUUUCAAGGAAGUAAUUUCUUGAAGAGUAAGGAAUUUGUGGAAGUCAAUAGAAUUUGAAGUUUAGCUGACCUUUGACUUUGUGCAACAAGGUGUUUUCGUAUUCAAAUUGCAUUUUUCCUACCUCCUGAACAGGUGUUCAGGGGUGCUUUACAUGCUUGUGUGAUGGAAGGCGGGUUGAGGCAGCAUUUUCCUUGCGAUAGUAACUUCUAGUAUAACGGUUAAAUAUGCCGUAUAAAUAUUCAAAAUAUAUAGACCACUCAGAGAUUGGGUCGUCUGUGGGUACACUAGUUACAACUCUGUAUGUCUCUCCUCUGUGGUAACGGUGACCGGUCACAGAUUGCUUCAAAACAAAACAAACAUGGCGCCGCGCUACAUGAAGUGAAAGUUGACUUCGGUUGAAAAAUAUGGCUUUUAUCUUUUCUUUAAAUGGAAAAGCCACACAUAGUAAAGUGGAAUUUUCAAGCUGUUAGCGUUGUAUAAUGUGAUAUAACAAAGCCAGGAAAACUUUGCAGUGGAAUUUUCGCUAUAUUAAACGUACUACUACAAUUGUCUCGAACAUUUUUUAUGUAAAUUAUUAAUAAGUAAUAGCAUGGUUUCUCGUGAAAUUUGGAUAAACAUGCACUCGUGAGUUUCUCAGAGACCUCAAAUAGCACUUGUUCUUCGGACUCGUCGGCUAUUUUGAGGUCUUUGAAAAACUCACUCGUACAUGUUAAUAUAUCCAAAUUGCUCUCGAAACCAUGCUAUAUUACCUAUACUUAUACAAAAAUACUAUAAACAAAAAUGAAAUAAUUAAAUGAAUAUAAGUACAGCAUUUUGUUUUGUGUAUGAUUUAAACUAUUAAGGACCGUUCAUUUCUUAUCAGGAGGAGGGGCUGGUGGUUUUUGCAGGGGGGGGGGGUCACCAAAAAGUAGCUAUGUGAGAGGGGAGUCAUCUCAGGAAAAUUAAAUUUUGAGGGGGCCACCAAAACAUCAAUGAAUACAUAAUACAUAAAAAUCAAAGCAAUCAACUUUCAUACUCUUUCAUUUAUAAAAACUCAAAGUAAAGUUUUAGUACAUGUAUCAGUAGUAGUCAAUUUAAACUUUAAAGUACACAUGAACAAAUUAGGAACUUUACAUAUUUGUGAUAUUCAGUGCAUUCUAAAACGCAAUUUAUUUUCUUAGAAAAAGGCUUCAUCUUCAUGGCUGUUUAUUAAAAUUUACUGGACGUGACAUUGAGUAUUACGGGCAAUGCAAAUCAGUUUUAUAAAAUUGCCACUUCCGGUAACUUUAUUAAACAGCCAAAAAGACAAUGAAGAUGAAGUUUUGUCCUAUCAUAAAAUGAAGUAUAUUGCUUUACUAUUGCUUAUCUUGUGAUGCUUGGAUAGGGCCUACCAUGACCAACUAUGCCAAGACCAUACCCAGGUCAUGGGAAAAAGCCUGGAGUAGAAAGGGGGUCACAGGAAAUUUUCCUGCAUCUGUUGGGGGGUCGAGACGAAAUUAUUAAUGAAAGCGCCCAAAACCACCAGCCCCCUCCUCCUGAUAAAAAAAUGAACAGUCCCUUAGAAAGAUUUUUAAAAACUUUUCCGUGCGUGUACGUAUAAAAAAUGCUAUUCUUGAAAACAGCCUUAGGACUGCUUUCCAGUCACCAGUUUUUCGUACGUACGCGUAUAUACAGCUAUUUCAAUUAAGGUUGUCCCGAGCAAAGCGGAAAAGUCGAAUACGAGCGCGAAAAGCUGCUGGGAAUCGCUAAAAAUUCAUUGAUUUGUUAGCGAUUCCAACCAGCCUUUCGCGCUUGUAUUCGACUUUUCCGCUUUUCUCGGGGCGACAGGCUGUUUCGCAUUACAAUGUUUCUAAUGUAAAUAUCUCGGCGAAUAUUUACCCCUUUAAAACAAAUCCCACCAAUGAAAUCCUCGCAAAAUAACUUUCAAAGUGAGAAUUCAAACGGAGGGUCAAGUGACGUCAAAACAUUACACAAACCGAAACAAUCAUAUAUUUAUACUCACCGCUUGGCCAAACAUUCUGUAUUUGAUAUCAAGAAAAAGUUGAAUAUUUUCUAAACUUUUUGUCAUUUUCUAAAAGGCUAUAUGGAUUGAUUAAAAUACCCUUUGUAUUCAAGCGCUUUCGUGUAGAAAGUUUCGUAUGAAUACGGCGAGUAGAAUAUUUUGAUUUUUUCAAGAUAUCGGGUUUUUACUCGCACGCGCGUGUAUUGCGCAAUACUUGGCCAAUGAGGACCUCCUUUAGCAGAGAUGACGUUAGCCUGCGUGUGGCAGGCCCUCAAUUUUAUGGGGGGCCUGAUUUGCAGCGGGCAGCAAAAUCCUGGCUUUAAAAGGCUUUAAAAGCCUUAUGGUUUCUAGAAGGUUCCUAGCCCUAUAUGUAAAUAUAGUUUCUAUUUUAUGAUUUAUUUGUAUAUAUAUUAAUGUAAUUUGGGCGAAUAAAAUAAAUAAAUAAAUAAAAUAUAAAUAUUUUCGCCCUUCGACGUACGCGCCUCCUUUGCAGGCUAUUUCCACAUGGUCGUCCGCUGUACAUAUUGUAUCGCAUGUAACAGUUUUGUAAAUACGCGCGAAAAUUAUUGUAAAAUGUGGUAAUAUUAGAACUUUUCCCUGCGUAUACGUCCACAUCAGAAAAACGCGCAACUGAAAUGCAGCCUUUAGGCUGAUUUGAAUUAAAUCUGAAUUAAAAGCUGUUUCUAUCAUAAUCUAAAAUUAAAAGUUAUUAGCAUAUAAUAUUUGUUCUCCUGUCGGCACUUAAAGACAAGUUCUGCCUCUUAUUCAAUAAAAAAUCUUUUGUCUACAUUUGUAAAAAGGUUUUUUGUGCGUUGGUAUGUUGAGCAUAAAUUGCUUUGCAUAUACAAUAUAUUAGAUGUAUUUCGUUUAUAUUUCAAGCUAUUGGAAUGCGUACAUGCAGGGAAUUUCUCGACAAAUGGUUUCUUUCGAUAAACUUGUUUAAACAUUUUGUUUUCAGUAUAAGUUUAUAUAUGAAGAAAAUUUAAGUUCGCUUAUCCAUUCGAUAAAUUGCGCAAUAUGCAUGGUGAAGUCUGUUCAGUAAGAAACUGCUUUUUAUGAAAAGCUCUCUUUCGCACGUUUUGAGGUUAAUAAUGUGAUCGUUAAGUGAUACAAGUAAAGAUCUUUAAAGAUGCGGUAAAGUCCGUUCUGCGCAUAUAUUCUGCGCAUCAAAACAUUCCAUCAGUGGGGGAGCAACCUUUGGAAUGUUGUUAAUAUUUCUCACCUUCCGAACUUUCUUGAAUUGAAUCUCUAGUCUGUAUUCAUUUACAAGCAUAACGAACCAGAAAAGUGUUAAAAAUUCAGUAUAAUAUAUAUCUAAUCAUAUUUUACAACUGUAGCAGUGAGUUCAAAAUGUAAACAAAGUGUUUGUUUACAUUACGGACUUUACAUCACCUUUAACCAUGUGCAAUCUAGCUAGAUCUGUAGUCCGUUAACUGUGUAUUUCUGUCUGCCCGAUUUCUACGCGUUGACAAUUUUUGUUAGCCAACAUGUACCUAAUUAGUAUUGAAAUAUUGCAUAUUGAAAUAUAUUAUUUAAAUAUUGACAUUGCAGCUUUAUGAAUAAUUGACUUUUUACUCCCAUGAGACCUGCUUCCAUUCAUCCAUUUAUACAUGCAGAAUAGCAUGCCGAAAUUACGCUUUAACACUGAGGGCUGUCGCUUGCAUGGUUUAAUGUUUGAUUAAAAUACAAUCCCUUAAUGCUUGCGUGGUUCAGCUGUGCAUGUACAAGGACGUUUUUCACGAAGGCAUGUUCAUACGCCUACAGUUAUGCAUGGAAAAGUUUAAACCCAUCCAAAAUUUAAAUAGUUUGUUACAAAUAUUGACAAACAUACAUAAUAAACGAAAUAUUUAUUUGGUUAUUCAUAUAUAUAUAUAUAUAUAUAUAUAUAUAUAUAUAUAUAUAUAUAUAUAUAUAUAUAUAUAUAUAUAUAUAUAUAUAUAUAUAUAUAUAUAUCAGUAUAACAAUUAAAUUUUUCCAUGAUAUAGCUAACCAUGGAAAAAUUUAAUUGUUAUACUGCUGCUAUAUAUACGUACAAAAACGCUUCGCUUGAAAUUGAAAGCAGCAUUAUAGUAAUAAUAUGCUUGUAUAUAUAUAAUUUCAGAAACAGCCUUUCUGAACUCAGAUUAGUUUCAUUGUAGGGCAGAUCAGAAGAUCGCCGACAUUAAUUUUAUGGAUUUUUCAGUUUGGUGGCCAUAUUACAAUUGUGUAGUUCGAUAUAGUUGGCAGACAUACAGUCUACACUUAUUAAGUGUGCAAUUAUUUAUAGAGUUUUAUAUAAUUUUUUUAUAUAAUUUUGAGCACCUUCUAUAACAAAAGUCAUUAUCAAGUGAUCAGCUAAAUAGCCUAUAGGGAAGUUUAAAUUUUGUGAAUUGUUAAAUAAAUACGUACAUCCGGCACAAUUAUCAUUUUCCUGGUUCUAUACUCUAUAGGGUUCUAGGAGUUAUUUCCCCAAGACUUUACCCAGUAUACUAUGAAUCAUAUUGUGCCAAUAUAUAUGGAAAUAUAACUACACUGUCACUGGCUAAUAUAAAUUUGCUGCCAUGCUGAUUCUUAUAAUCUUUAUCAAGCCUGCUGCAAAUCGUAGUGCCAAUUUCAUUCUUUGAACAGUCUGUAAUUGUAUUCUUGUUUUUGUAUAAGCCUCUGAUCUGCAUAUCUCGUGAUGAAAAUGAAAUAAAAGACAAACAGUAACGCUUACCGAGACCUUGAUAAUUUUGCAUACUGCAAAAACCGAAUUCAAUAAUUGUUUUAUUAUACAUUUGUUUGUGUUACAGUCAAAAUACAAGAACCUUCCCGCUUCUGUAACUUGUUUUGUAUUUAUUUGUUCAAUUUUCUGUAGCGAUUACCGCUUUAUCGGCACAUAUCGCGUUAGGAUCCGGUAGCAAUGGAUACACCUUUCGUUAGAUUCUUUGCAUAAAAGUUGCGAAACUUAGAUCUUACAGCGAUAUUUGUUGAUAAAUCGGUUUUAAACCGCCGCCUAGUGUGUUCAUACUAUACAAAUUUAAAAUUACCGAAUGCAAUCAUUCAGUGACGUACUAAAAUGAAAAUUUCACAACUUUUAUGCAAAGAAUCUAACGAAAGGUGUAUCCUUUGCUACAAAUUGACGUAUAUAAAGGAAAGAAAGGGGAAUUCUACCGCGAUAUUUGCCGACAAAAAUCGCUACAGAAAAUAGAACAAAUUACAGAAAUACAAAACAAAGUUACAGAAGCGGAAGUGGGAAGGUUCUUGUAUUUUGACUGUAAAUAGAUACCGCUUGCUAAUCAUCGCAGGCUCAUUUGCAGAUAACUGAGUUAUCUGCUAGCAGAUAACUGAAUUUUCUGUAGGUUGCGUGAUUGCGCGAUUUAACUGUAAGCUCUUAGCCAAUCAAAUUACUUUUACCAACUACAAUGUAUAAUAAUUAAAAUUAAUUUGUCUAUGCGGAUUCAGCUUAAUAUAUAUUCACAUUCAUAAUAAUUAUAGUCAAGUGGUGGCAUGACUAUAAUCGUGCCCAAUUUUUGUUGACGUCACAUAUAGUAUGUUAAACUUUGUGCAUUCCUGUCUAUUUGGCUGCAAUUUAGAGAAUGACCGAACCAUCAUGCACUCAGCCAAUCAGUGUGGAGUAUAUCAUUGCUCUACAUCUCAUGGUAUAUUUAAGUGUAAGGAAAUGUGGGGUUAGGAAAACAAUAGGUUUAAUAAGAAAUACAGGACCAUUUAUUUGUAACUUUUAUCUAUAAUCUUCGGCACUCCAUAUCCCAACGCGCACACGUGAUCAUGCUCUAAUCGUUGCUUAUUUUACACAUGUCUUAGCUAAUUUACCCAAUUACUUGACAUUCUCAGUAGUCUUAUAUAUCACAUCCUGUUUGCACUGAAGCUCAUUUUAUCAUCGCACACUUGAUGUGAGGUUGGACUUUUGCGAAUGUGCAACCUUUCAUAUAAGAUGGCGUAAAUAUCUGCAAAAUAUGAUCAAUAAAGCGAGUAAAAAACUUGCUAUUGGUAGAAAAAUGAAAUGUUAUAUUUUGGUAAUGUGGUUUGUGCUGAUUUUAAGUAAAACUAGCCAAGCUGCUUUACCCUUGUGCUCGAGUGGCCUCAGUUCAGUUAUAACCUCGUCGUGCAGGUUUACUCCUGGCGAACACAAGUACACAUCGUUGGACAUUCGAAGCGACGUUCUUCUGGACACUUCGUCAAGCAACGCAGUACAUACCUUCAUAAUCUCAGGAAAUUUCAGACUCCGCUCUGGAGUUGUUUUAUCGGUGGGCUAUAACCAGGAGUCAAAUACUGGGGCAGCACCUGGGAAUUCUGGUGGAAGUCAUGGAGGCCGAGGGGGAGCUGAGAGUGGAACAACAUUAGAAGCAAACGAAGGAGUCCCUUACGGUUCAAGCCUGGUCGUAAAUACCCCUGGAAGCAAAGGAGGGAACGGCGGACAGGGAGGUGGGCUCCUAAAGAUCCAAGCAUCUGGUGUUACUAUCGACGGCUCAAUACGCACAAAUGGUGAACAUGGCCACCGAAAUCGCAAGUCAGGCGGAGGUAGUGGAGGAGGAGUCGCGAUCCAGUGUAUCACUCUUGCAGGAGUCGGAGAUGUGAACGUGCGUGGUGGUUUAGGGAGAAAUAACGGUGGGGGAGGCAGUGGGGGACGAAUCAGUGUAAACUGUACAACUGAUGCUUUCUCAGGAACCUUUCAAGUUCAGGGAGGAAAAACAGGUACAAAUAUUCGUACACCUGAUGAAAAAUGGGUUUCGCCUAAUUAGGGAAGCAUACUAAGUAAACACAGAAGCUUUUACAUAAACAAAGGACGAAGUAAAAUAACUAAGAUCUUAUCGUAUUCAUUAACAGGGACCGGAAAGGGCAAAAAAGUUCAACAAAGAAUUCUUUCCGUUUUGUGUCUGUAUUCCUUGAGGAAAACUAAUAUCGAACUUUCUUUGUGUGAAUUGUAGGUUAAAUGAUAGUGUGAAACUGUUUCACGAUCUUUGAUAUUGUAACGAAGGAAAUAUUUAUAGAAAUAAAAAAGAAUGGACGUCAAUUCUUUCGGCUGUGGCAGAAGCCCCGCCUCCACCCCCACAGAUGUAAUGAUUACACCAUUUUCGUGUUGUAUACGUAGCAACACCCAGAAAUUUAGAGUGUUAUGAGAGUAUUGUUAGCAAAACAGUAUAUUAUUUUGACGGUCUUCUCUCGGGAAGUUAUAUUUUGUCUUACACAUGUUUUAAUGUGCCAAGAAAUUUUGAGGAAAUUUUCUGCCUCCGCGGAUCCUAGCAUUCGACGCCUUUUACAACAUAGCAUACUAUUCGUGCGUGGGUGUUUAAUCUCAGAUACAGAUAGGUCAGUAUAAAUAACGUUCAUAAACUAAAUUCCUGUCAUUCAGCUUUAAUAAGAAUUUAUUAGAAAACAAAAAAACACGUAACACUUACAAAAGUCCGAAUUUGCGGAUCACAAUUUAAUCAAUUUAUCCUUGGGCAAAAUCCAUUAGUCCCCACAAAUUGUCGUAUUUAUUAUAGUUAUGGAUUUUGAAAUCAAUGGCAUUUCUAGCAAUCUGAUUGGUUGAACAUAGUGCGUAUCUAACCCAAAUCUUUAUUUUGAGCAUUAAUAGCCUCAUAUCCUGAGCUUAAUUAAUCACAUAAUUUCUAAACCAAUCAGAUUGCAAUUGAAACUCGGCACUAAGAGAACCAAUCAAAUAAAAGUAUAGAAUUUAACUAGCCCUGCAAUCAAUUUUAAUUAAGAAAAAUGUGAUAUAGCCCUGAAUAAAUGAGUGAAAUAAAGAAAUUCAUUGGGUCAUGAUUCUUGUGUCUUGACUCUUGACAGUCUAGGUAAUCUUUGCACAUAAAACAGAAAAAUAUAGAUAACUAUACUAUCAAACAAUUGCAAAUACGUUUUAAAAAAUAGUAAUAGGAAACAAAAUCUUCUAUGAAAAAUAGUUAAAAUGCCAACAAAAGCACAUGCUAACUUUAAAGAGCCAGGCAAAACAAGGUAAAUUCGUUUAUAGUAGAUUCGUAGUUCCGAUGUUUGAACACACAUAACCGUACGAAAAAUAGAUCAAAUUAGUCGUAAAACCUUCAAAAUGUUAAAACUAAAGGGUGAAUAACCCAUCAUGAAUAAGUAUGAUAUUUUUUAAUCGUAUCGACAACAAUGUAAGUGAUUUGUUUUCUGCUGUUACCAUUUACGUUGGCGGCUGCCAAACUCUCUAUUGUUUGCGUCACAGCGGUGCCGGUGGUCUGAGAAAUUGACUAAUUGCUAUAUUUCUCUCAAAGUUGGUCCAAAUUUUGGGAGAGCAUUCUUUCAAUGGUUUCUCGUCAAUAUCCCAAACAUAAUAUGUAUCAUAAUUUCUCGUGCAUGAAAAUCUCAAUCCGCACAUGUUGUGACUUGCAACUGCGGCGGCUACCUUGUUGGUAUUUCAACAAUCUUUCAUUAAAUUUGGCACAAACAUGGCCGCAAUUUUUUUAUUUUCCAAUUCUCAAGGAAUUGAUGUCAAGUCAAGAAUUUAUCAACAUUUUCAAAAUUCAAAUUCAUGCAGACUGCCUGAUAUAUUGGCUUGAGUUUUUUCAUUAAGUGUAUCAUUCCUGUUUUGUUCUGCUUUAUCGACCUGCUAAGAUUUUGUAUGUUUCCCCCAGGGAAAUGACGCAAGUAAUGAAGUGGGGCUUGUCUUUUUUAUUCAAUUCAAUUCAACUGCAAAUUUAACUUACGUCAAUGCAGAUCUCUCUUUUCUAAUUCAAUUAUAUAUAUUCAAUUGCAAAUUUAGUUUACGUAAGAACAGAUCGCUCUUUUUUCUAAUUCAAUUAUAUUCAAUUGCAAAUUUAGUUCACGUAAAUGCAGAUCUCUUUCAAUGAAACUUGAAAGUUUAUCAUAAGUGAGUGAUAUACUGAAUACCGUAAUCUCUAUAUUUAACCUCUGUUUCAAGUGAGCCCCCGUUUUAGAUGAAUACUCAACAGUCAACCCCUAUUUAUACAAUUACGCAUGACUUUUGAUCUGUAUUAAAUUUCUUUACACCAAUUUUUUUCUAUAAACAAAAUCAUCGUAUUAUUUUACAGACAAGACGCCUGCUCAGGCGUUCACAAUGGCCUGAAAAUGGCAACUUUCGUGGUACUGGGUGUAAUGUGUAGUAGAGAAGUAGAGAAGUAGACAGGGAUACAGGAUCAUAGGGAUACUGGAUCAUAUAAAUACAACCAAUAAAUACAAUCAUGAUCAGCAACUAUCAACCAUAAUAUACCAAGACGCCGGCUCAGACGUACCUUCCGGCUGCGGGCAACUCAACCUGACAAGCCAGGCCCACUGUAACUAUGAUCAUCAACUAUCAACCGUAAAUAAUGACCGGUUAAUAAUAGCGAAGAAAUUAUAUAGUCCUUGAUUUUAAUGCCGUUAUAUGGCUAGUUUCAGGUGCUAAAAAGUUCAUAGACAUAGACAAUUCUUCUAAAAAUACACCAAUUUGCUUCCAUUUAUAAGAUAAACUGAUUCCAACCCAAAGCCCUUCUCUAAGCCCAACCAGUAAACAUCUAAUAAACAAUUUGAGAAUUAAAAAAAGUGUGUGUGGGGGGGAGUUGGAUCUUGUUCCAAAAACAAAUCGAACCGUAUGACGUUUCACUUCGCCGCACGCAACGCCACUUAGCUGAAUACAAUCGAAAACAUACAUUUUAUGGUAAUAUAUGAUGAAUUAGAAAGUAAUUUGGCGCAAAUUAAUGUAAUUAGGUGCAAAUUUGUAAUUAUGCAAAUAAAUACAAGAGCACAACCAUAGAUAUAGGAGAUCUAGAUUGCUAACGCAUACCUAGCGCAGGUGGGGCCUACAUGAUAAAUCCAAGAUGGCGGUACAACAGGGCAAAAAGACUAUAAAUUGUAUUAUGAAAAUCAGGAUUUUUGCAAUUUUUGCCGUCGCAUUGUUUUGAAACUUAUUCGGUCAAAUUUUAUGGUAAAGAGAAAAUUACCGCGAAGAUUUUGAGCAUAUAUAUGAUUGAAUUGGAUGAAAACUCGCAAAAUUAUCCAGCGAUAAAAGUUCGUGUAUGGUACUGAUAUAGUACUAUAUAUGUAACUUGCACAGUUUUGCUUUAAUUUUCGCUCACCAUUUGCAUAAAAAGCAAAUUAUAACAGACCAUAGAUGAUAGACCCUCAUCCAGUGCUCUCAUCAGUUUACUUCUCUAACAAGCAAGGAAGGGGGGGGGGCAUAACAGUUCAUUUUUCAUAAUUAUGAGGACAGAGCAGAUGAUGAUGAGAGAUGCAAGUAUAAAACACCAUUCACAAGGCUAGAUGUUAACAUAGCACAGUAUUUCUGGCAAUAAAACGCUCCAACUGACCAACUGACCAUUUCACACGAACUUUUAUCGCUGGAUAAUUUUGCGAUUUUUCAUCCAAUUCAAUCAUAUAUAUGCUCAAAAUCUUCGCGGUAAGUUUCUCUUUACCAUACAAUUGUACCGAAUAAGUUUCAAAACAAUGCGACGGCAAAAUUGCAAAAAUCCUGAUUUUCGUAAUAGAAUCUAUAGUCUUUUUGCCCUGUUGUACCGCCAUCUUGGAUUUAUCAUGUAGGCCCCACCUGCGCUAGGUAUGCGUUAGCAAUCUAGAUCUCCUAUAUAUCUAUUAGCACAACGCAUGUUUAUGAGCCUACAACGUAUAUUUAUACUUGUUAAUUAAAAAGUCAAACUGUCAAACCUUUAACUUGUCCUUGUUUUAUAUAUUCCACUAUAUUGUAUAAAUUCGCUGGGUCCAAAUUUUGGGGUUUUCGAGUCGUUACACAAAGAAAAACACUCUAAUUCAACACGCAAGAAAGGCCAGAGUGCGAUACAAUGCGGUAAAAUCAACGAAACUGUGUGAAAUAUAUAUUAAGUCGCUCAGUGAAAAGCCGCCAUUUUGAAACUGAACUGAAUAUGUCAGUGGAGCACGUUGCACCCUGAGCCUGCGAUGACCUAACGCAAACUCGAUUUCUCGUCGAACAGAAAAAGAGGGAAAACAGAAAAAGAGGGAUUUAAGACACUUGGCCUACAGGCCAGU